GAUUCUAUGACAUCAACGAACCAAAAUGAUCACCCUUGUUAUCCUAAAAGGAACCACCCAAUUUUCAAGUUAUCCAUAGCUAAACAAUUCAUUGAUCGAAAAUGCACUACUUGUGAAAACAUACAUUUUUAUAUAUGUAUGUUGAUAAAGGCAUCCAAAAUUCUUGUUAGGUAUGCAUCCACCUUUGCUGAAUUAACCACCAAAAAGAAUCUCUAAAGCAAUGGAUACUUCAUGGGAAGCCAGUGUUACCGAUUCCAUAAAUGCCAUUUAUCUUUUGUUCUCUGCUUAUUUAGUGUUUGUAAUGCAAUUAGGCUUUGCCAUGUUGUGUGCAGGCUCUGUCAGGGCCAAAAAUGCCAUGAAUAUUAUGCUUACUAACGUUGUUGAUGCCGUCGUUGGUAGCAUUUCCUACUAUCUUUUUGGCUUUGCCUUUGCCUUUGGGGAUGCCUCUAAUUCAAACCCAUUUAUAGGCACUAAUUAUUUUGCUCUCAAAGACAUUCCUUCAAGCUCUUAUGACUACAGUUUCUUUCUUUAUCAAUGGGCUUUUGCAAUUGCUGUAGCUGGAAUCACUAGUGGCUCCAUAGCUGAACGUACCCAAUUUACCGCCUAUCUUUUCUUCUCUUUUUUCCUUACUGGAUUUGUUUAUCCAGUUGUAGCUCAUUGGCUUUGGUCUUCCAACGGUUGGCUAAGUCCUAAUUCAGAUUCUCUAUUGUUUGGUUCUGGUGCCAUUGACUUUGCUGGCAGUGGCGUGGUGCAUUUGGUUGGUGGGAUUGCUGGUCUUUGGGGCUCACUUAUAGAAGGACCAAGAGUGGGCCGAUUUGAUGCAUUUGGUAACCCUGUGAAAAUGAGAGGUCAUAAUGCAACUCUAGUAGUGCUUGGCACAUUUUUGCUAUGGUUUGGAUGGUUUGGCUUUAAUCCUGGCUCUUUCGACAAAAUUCUUGUCCCGUACCCAAAUAAGAUCGACCAAGGUAACUGGACCUCGGUAGGGAGAACCGCGGUCACGACAACCCUGGCCGGUUCCACGGCCGGGAUCGUCACCUUGUUCGGCCGUAGGAUACUAGUGGGACACUGGGAUGCAACGGAUGUGUGCAAUGGAGUCCUCGGUGGGUUUGUUGCAAUCACCUCAGGAUGCUCAGUUGUAGAACCAUGGGCCGCAAUUGUCUGUGGGUUCUGGGCAGCUUGGGUUCUAAUUGGACUCAAUAUUUUAGCACUUAAACUCAAAUUUGACGAUCCACUAGAGGCAGCCCAAUUACAUGGAGGGUGUGGAGCUUGGGGUUUGAUUUUUACAGGAUUGUUUGCCAAGGAAGAAUUUGUAUUACAAGCUUAUAACUCUGGUAAAACACAAGUGGCACGACCUUCUGGGCUAAUAUUAGGAGGUGGUUGGGGCUUGUUUGGGGCACAAGUAGUUGAACUUUUGAGCAUUGUUGUUUGGGUAAGUCUGACAAUGGGGCCUUUAUUCUAUGCACUUCAGAAACUUGGAAUUUUGAGGAUAACAGCGGACGAGGAAAUUGCUGGUCUUGAUAUCUCCAGUCAUGGAGGUUAUGCGUACGAAGCUAAUCAAGAAGAAAACGGUCCCCGCUUCUAUGGCGAGUAUUUAAGGAUGCAACACCAAUCAUAAGUUUAAGUUGCUAUUCAAAUAUUACUUUUUUCUAGACCAACUUGUGUACACCUCAACUGUUUCGCCUUGCUACCUCGUACCAUUCAAGAUUGCUUUCAUCUGCAAAUGUAUAUAUGCUACUUUAUAUUUCUCCAGAGCUUUGCUGAUUUUGCUGGCUUCUUUCAAUGAAUAUGUAUGUUUAUUCGUAAAA